AUGCCGGCGCAAGCUCUCGGUGCCGCCACUGGCGCGGCAAAACGCGAUGCGGUGACCAAGCUGGUUGACAAGCUGACCAAAGAUAUGGAUAGCCUUUCUAUGGCCCCAGAAGAACGAAACAAUGCGCUCGAAGAACUGAAAAUUUACGGUCGCGAUCCUCGUGAUGCAGAUCCGAUAUUUACCAAAGAGGGCAUAUCCAUGUUGCUCACAUUUGCCUUUGAUGGCAAGGCACCCAGCGAAACCUCGCGCGGUGCGCUCAGAGUCCUUGCCAAUUCGAUGGUGCUCAGACCUGAAACGAGGCCAAUGUUUGUAAACGGCAGAUACGCAACCAAGGCAUGCCAGCGACUCGAUACUGAGAGUUGGGACGAUGAAUUUCUCCUCGCGCGUAUACUCUUCCUCUCAACAUAUAGCGAACAAAAAGUCAAGCUAUCUCCCUUGAUCAAAGAGCAUGGCCUCGCCAGAAGCAUCAUUGCUAAUCUUGACCGACAUGCAAAGUUGACUUCGGCAAGCAGCCGGGCAGCCGCUGGGCCUAUGGAGGAGAUGGCUCUGCCUGAGACCCUCAAGCUGCUCUACAACGUUACUCACUUUUGCCCAGAAGAAGCAUCAGAGUUUACUUCUGCAGUACCUCAUAUUAUUUCGCUUCUGUGCAACCGCACACUCCCGAGCACACGAGCUCUAGAUCCGCCUUUCGGUCCGCUCGUCAAUUCACUCCUCUACUUGGAUCUGGCGGCUAAAACAAGCAAGUCGGCGUUGUUUCCUGGCGGCGAGGAAAUCAAAUUGGUUCUUAAGUUGAUCGAAAUUCUGGGCAGGGCUAUGAAAGAGUAUCCUAGUAGCGAGCUGGAUACUACUGCCACGCCAGUAGUCAAACUCCUACUUGAGAUAUAUGAUAUGGGACCCGAGCUGGUGCAGAGCAGGCUUCGUGAUGAUCUUUUGCCGACCUCCGAGGAUCGCCAAAGCGUGCUUGGUAAAGGCGCAUCGCUAUCAGCGCGCCUUCUGAAAGCUUCUACAGAUCCUAUGGCCCCCAACAUCGGCCCAGUUAUUUCGCAUCUCUUCUUCCUCAUGUCAGACAGCGAUGGCUCCAAGUUUGUGGAAAAUGUGGGCUACGGAUAUGCUUCUGGAUACUUGUUCCAAAACAACGUGCCCGUGCCGGCAUCUGCAAGGGCAACGUUCGACGCCACAGACGAAAACGGAAGCCAGCGGCCGGUAAACCCCAUCACAGGCCAGUUUAUUGAUAGAGAGCAGCCCGACGAUCUCCCUCCAAUGACAGACGAAGAAAAGGAGCGAGAAGCUGAGCGCCUCUUUGUCCUUUUUGAGAGACUUAAGAUGAACGGUGUCCUCAGCGUACAGAAUCCUGUAGAGCAGGCUGUACGGGAGGGUAAAUUCCGAGAGCUCAAAGACGACCAAGUAGAGGAGGUUGAAUAA